CAACUGGGCGGGGCUGGCAGCACAAGUUUCCUUUCUUCCCCCCCCUCUCCACUCCAAAUGCGCCGGUGAUAGGUCUUACGGCGCUUCUGCAUCUUCAAGGAUGUCUUCCGGACGGUCCAUUCCUCGCCGUCGCACCCGCUCGGAGGAGGAGGACGACAGCGACGAAACAUCCUCAUCCGGCUCGGCUCCUGCAAAUCCUACUCCACGAACAACAUCCAACCCAAGCAAGCGCCCCAGACUCAGCACCAACAAUGACGAUCUGAACGAUGAGGGAUCGGAAGAAUUGUCUUCCGGAUCAGGCGAUGAUUCUGGAGGAGAUGAGGCCCUGGCAAACGGAAAUGCGGAGGACAGCAACGGGACAUCGUCCUCCGGCUCAACCACCCAAAACUCUACGCCUCGAAACGCGAAUCCCGACAAGCGCUCUAAAUCAGGCACCAAGAUCAAUGGCCAGAGUAUUGGGGGAACAGAAGACAAUGCCAGCGAAUCGGAGGAGGGCUCCGAGGAACUUGGGACACCGGGAGAUGGCAACGAGGAUGGCAGCGUUUCAGAUCCCACGCAGGCUGACGGCGGGGAUGGUACUCAGACGCCCGGGUUUAAUGCGACAGGGCCGCAAGCGACGGAUGUGAACGGAACAACACCCGAGGGUUACAAACCGGGGGCCAUCGUUCGCAUCAAAGUCACCGACUUUGUCACUUAUACAUCGGCGGAGUUCUUCCCUGGUCCGAAACUGAAUAUGGUGAUUGGGCCCAAUGGAACCGGAAAGAGUACUCUCGUUUGUGCGAUCUGUCUAGGGCUUGGAUGGGGACCGCAGCACCUUGGUCGCGCCAAAGACACUGGCGAAUAUGUUAAGCACGGUUGUCGAGAAGCCAUCAUCGAGAUCGAGCUUGCGGGUGGACCGCGCUAUCGUCGGAACCCCGUCGUGUCUAGGACAAUCAAACGCGACGGUAACAAGAGCUCGUUCAUGAUCAACGGGAAGCAGGCUUCCCGUCAGCAAGUUUUGAGACUCGCCCAGUCCUUCGCCAUCCAGAUCGAUAAUCUCUGUCAAUUCCUACCGCAAGAUAAAGUCAGCGAGUUUGCUGCUCUCACGCCCAUCGAACUCCUCAAUUCGACCCAGCGAGCCGCAGCCGGGGAUGAAAUGGUCGAGUGGCACGCGAAUCUUAAGAGCCUAAGAGCUGAACAGAAAAAGCUGCAGGCGGACAAUCAGGGCGACAGAGACCUGUUGACGAAUCUCGAGGAACGGCAAGAAAUGCAGAGAGCUGACGUGGAACGGAUGCGCCAGAGAGUCCAGAUCAAGAGGAAGAUUGAGAUGCUGGAAUCUGCUCGCCCUGUCACGCAGUACAAAGAGCUUCGUGAACAGUUCAAUGAGAUGAAAAGAGAGCGAGAUGUGAAAAAGGAGGAGUUAACGGAGCUUGAGAGGGAGCUGGAACCUGCACUGAGGGCCGCGAAUGAAAGGCAGGAGUACUGUCUUAAACUGGAUGAUGUGAUCAAGCACAGAACUCAGACCUUCGAAGUUGCAGAGAAGAAGGCUUCCAAUGCUGCUGCGAAGAUCGAGCAGUUCGAGGAACAAUUCAAGGAUCUGGAUAACCAGGCUGAAUCCGAGAAGAAAAGUGGUCAGAGUCACCGGCAGAAUUUCAGUAAAAUUCAGCAAAACCUGAACAAACUCCGGCGUUCCUUAGAACAGGAUCAGCCCGUAGCCUUCGAACUCGAUUCCUAUAAUGAAAGAAUUCGGGAAAAACGGAUGGAGCUCCGCGAGAUUGAAGAACAGGCAGAGAAACUCAAAGUGGAAAGACGGCCUCUUCUAGAAGCCCACAAAUCUACAUCGGAUCAAAUAAAGCAGGCCGAAGAACAAUUAAAGAAUCUCGACUCUCAAGCUGGGCAGCAGGAAUCAAAGCUGGGACGCUUCUCCCAAGAUUCUGUCAAGGCUUACCAAUGGGUUCGCGAAAAUCAGGCCCGAUUUGAGAAAGAAGUCUUUGGCCCUCCAACACUUACCUGCUCAGUCAAGGAUCCUAAAUUUGCCCACGCUCUCGAAUCGUUACUUCAACGCACAGACUUCACCGCAUUCACUACGCAAACGCGGAAUGACUUCAGGACAUUGCAGAAGGCUCUGGUGGAGCUCAGGCUUUCUGAUGUUAGUAUCCGCACCUGCUCGAUUCCCCUGGAUCGUCUACGACCAAGCAUGUCCGAUGCGCAGAUUCGGGAGCUUGGAUUCGAUGGAUGGGCCUCGGACUUUCUCAACGGUCCAGACCCCGUGGUUGCUAUGCUUUGUAGCGAGAACCGCCUGCAUCAGACGCCUAUUCGCCUUCGUGAUAUCAGUGAUGAAGAGUUCACAAGGAUAGAGAAUGGGCCCAUAAGCACCUGGGUGGCAGGUAAGCAGACUUAUGCGGUUACCCGACGACGGGAAUAUGGCCCUAGUGCAACUUCCACUCGAGUGAGACCGGUCAAACCCGCCAAAGUCUGGACCUCGCAGCCGGUGGAUGCAUCGGAGAAGGAAGCCAUAAUGCAGAGGAUCCGAUCACUCGAGGAAGAGACAAAUGAGUUGCAGGCGAGGAUGGAUGGUGACAGAGCUAGACUCAGUCAGCUGGGUAAACGACAUGAGGACAUUGACAACGAGAGGCGUGCAAUUGAGCAGGAGAAGGGCGAGAAGCAAACGGCGCUUACGCACUGGAGAGCGAUCCCAGAAAAGAUACGCCAGGAGGAAAAGAAAUUGAGUGAAAUGCAGAGAUUCAUAGACGAGGUGAAAUCGACAGUCCUAGGCAUUCGCAAACAACAAGUCCAAGUAUCCAUGAAGAAGGCCGAGGCAGUGAUUGAAUAUGCGAAUGCGGUCAAUAUCCUCAACAGACUGCACGACGAGCUCAUCAAGAUCAAGCUCCAACACAUCGAAGGCAUCUCCGACCUAGAGGCACUCAAGGCGCGAAACGUGCAGCACCAGCAGAGACUGACUGCAAAGCGUGAUGAAGUCAAGAAGGCCCAACAGCUGAUUAAAGACACCACGGAACGAGUGAAAAAACUGUACAAACAAGCGGAAAAGGUCAUUUCAGGCUCUGCCUCACAACCCGAUCUGGCCGAACUGAUACCCACCCUGGCCAACCACACCAUGGAACAGCUCGAGGCAGAUAUCGAUUCCGAGAAAGCGCGCCUCGAGCUCACGCACGGCGGCAACAGCGGCGUGAUCAAGGAGUUCGAAGAACGGGCCCGUCAGAUCGACAAGCUGCGCAGCAAGCUCGCCGACUUCGAGACCAAGCUCGCCGAUUACAACCACGCGAUCAACGAGAUCCGAGGCCAGUGGGAGCCGAAGCUGGAUGGCAUCAUCAAGAACAUCAGCGAGGCAUUUUCGGACUCGUUUGCCCGCAUCGGCUGCGCCGGCCAGGUCACCCUGGACAAGGCCGAGGAGGAAACCGGCCCCAACGGCGAGGUGACGGACACGCAUUUUGACCAGUGGUCCAUCCAGAUCCACGUCAAAUUCCGCGAGCACGAGAAUCUGUCUUUGCUCGAUGCCCACCGGCAAUCCGGCGGUGAACGAGCCGUCAGCACGAUCUUCUACCUCAUGGCUCUCCAGUCGCUGUCCGCGUCGCCGUUCCGCGUCGUCGACGAGAUCAACCAGGGUAUGGACCCGCGCAACGAGCGCAUGGUCCACGGCCGCCUGGUCGACAUCGCCUGCGCCCCGUCCGACAGCGGCGGCGGCGGCCAGUACUUCCUGAUCACGCCCAAGCUCCUCAGCGGCCUGACCUACAAGCCCGGCAUGCGCGUUCUCUGCAUCUACAGCGGAGAGCACAUGCCCGAGGACUACAAUAUCGUCAACUUCGGCGAUGCAGUCAAGAAGAUGAGAGCGGUGGCCGAGAAGAACAAUCGGGGCAAGGGCAAGGGACGAGCCAUUGAGAGUGCGCGGAGGAGCAAUGGGGACGUUGGAGUCUACGGUUGA